AAUAAUCUUCGGGUCCGACCAAGAAGUAGCGGGCGUGAUGCGAGCGGUGGAGCGAGGGAACGCCACCAGUCUCUUCAGUUGGGUCGGUUCGGACGGCUGGAGCGCCAGGUCUUUGGUCUCCGAUGGGAAUGAACGCGCCGUGGAAGGCACCAUCAGCGUCCAGCCUCAGGCGCAUGACGUCAGCGGCUUCACGGACUACUUCUUGGGGCUCAAUGUGAAGAACAAUAAGAGGAACCCUUGGUUUGUUGAAUUCUGGGAAGACCACUUCCAAUGCCGCUACCCGGGCAGUCCACGGACCCCUUACAACGGGCACUACGUGCGGUCCUGCUCGGGACUCGAACGGCUGACGGCAGACAACACCGAGUUCGAGAGGCAGCUGCAGUUCGUCUCUGACGCGGUCAUGGCCUUCGCUUAUGCGAUACGAGACAUGCACGCAACUGUAUGCGGAGGGAGGACGGGCCUGUGCGACGCGAUGCGGCCCGCCAGUGGCUCCGAUCUGCUCAAAUACUUGAGAAAAGUCAACUUCACUGGUCUAAGCGGCGACGAGUUUCAUUUCGAUAACAACGGCGAUGGACCAGCUCGGUACAACAUCCUACACUUCAAGCAGGUGGCCCAUGGCGUCUACCGCUGGGUCAAUGUGGGGGAAUACCUGGACGGCGAGCUGCAGCUUAACUUGGACGAUAUCCAGUUCAAAUGGGGGGAACGGAGGCCUCCCGAGUCGGUGUGCAGCGCGGAGUGCGAGCUCGGGCAGGCCAAGCAGUACGUGGAGGGCGAGAGCUGCUGCUGGCACUGCUUCAACUGCACGCAGUACGAGAUCCGAUCGCCGUACGUGGAGACAGCCUGCAUGGUGUGUCCCCGCGGGACGCUGCCCGACCCGACUCGGACGCACUGCAGGCCCAUUCCGGAGGCCUACCUGAGGCCCGACUCCGCCUGGGCUAUCGGCGCCAUGUCCUUCUCUUCUGUUGGGAUAUUGAUCACUGCGUUCGUUUGUGGCGUGUGGGUGCGACACAGCUCUACACCAGUCGUAAGAGCGAGCGGGAGGGAGCUAUCUUACGUCCUGCUCGCCGGGAUCCUCAUGUGCUACCUCGUCACCUUCGCGCUGGUCUUCAGGCCGACUGACAUCUUGUGUUCUAUACAGCGGUUCGGCACAGGUUUCUGCUUCACCGUAGUGUACGCUGCUCUCCUGACGAAGACCAACAGGAUAUCCCGGAUCUUCAACGCCAGCAAGCACUCCGCCAAGCGGCCUAUCCUGAUCUCGCCCAGCUCGCAGCUUGCUAUAUGCGCUGCACUAGUUUCUAUUCAGGUGCUAAUAGUAGUGGUAUGGAUGAUAGUAGCGCCCGCGCGCGCGAUGUUCCACUACCCGACCAGGGAAGACAACAUGCUGGUGUGCGACUCAUACGUGGACGCGUCCUACAUGAUCGCCUUCUUCUACCCCAUCGUGCUCAUCCUCGUGUGCACCGUGUACGCCGUGCUGACCAGGAAGAUACCGGAGGCUUUCAACGAGAGCAAGCAUAUUGGGUUCACGAUGUAUACGACGUGCGUGAUCUGGCUGGCGUUCGUGCCUCUCUACUUUGGCACCGCGAGCCACGUGCCGCUGCGUGUCACCAGCAUGGCGGUCACCAUCUCGCUCAGUGCCAGCGUGACCCUCGUCUGCCUGUUCUCUCCCAAGCUGUACAUAAUCCUGAUCCGGCCGGAGCGCAACGUGCGCCAGAGCAUCAUGCCGGUGCGCUACAGCCGCAAGCCGGCGCCCGCGCACGCCGCGCCGCCCGCCUUGAAGAAAACGACGUUUGCCGAUAAAGAAACCCAGACAGAGCAAGCUGACUUCAACAAACUCACAAACGGGCAGACGAUCCAGCUGCUCAAUGAUAACAAAGAGAAAGAGGAAGCAAAGCUCGCCAAAGACGAGGAAAGAAUCCAGUGCAACAACAUCAAAGUCAACAACAACACCAACGACAAGCAAACAACAACUAACAACAAAGUGAAUACUGUGUGUGGAAUAAAUGAAAAGGCUGAAACUUUAUAGCAACGACAUUCCUCGAAGUCACUCAACGAGGUGUUCAAAAACGCCAAAAAUAACAAUAGUUUGAAAAUGAAAAAGAAAAGCUGUUCUUGUAAAAUGAAAGAACGGAAACCAGUUGUAGUGUAAACAAUCAGUGAUACGGACUUACUAGUGUAUUAUUAUUUAUCUACGGAUAUUAGAAAUUUUCAAUCGAAUUAUAAUAUUUAUAACAAUACCUAUCCUAUACAAUAUUUUAAAACUUAACGCUUUGUAAAGAGGCCGCUUUUGACAUCUUCCAUCUAACUUUUUUGUACAUAAAACUGUUUAAAAUCACUUUCGCACCGAUAUUUAGUAUGCUAGUCACUUUGUAUAUAAAUGCGGGGAAAAUGUAAAUAUCCAACCAAAGACAAAUAGUGAUGUGUAUUGUACAUAAACGAUGUAUUUAAUGUACCUACUGUUAAGGUUAAGUUUGG